AACUCUCCUACAGGUCGCUCACCUCGGCGGACAGAUCGCCGCAGCUAACGAACAGCUGAAGACUCUGCAAAGCGAUCUUCAAAAAGAGUUCAAGGACGUCAACAAGCGCUAUCGGGACCAGCUGGUCAAGGUCAAGGUAUAGGAAGAGUUGUCUAUGCGCAGGAUCACGAAAUGUUAAUGCCUAUCAGCUGUCGGACAUGGCCAACAAUGACCUGGAGAAGUAUGCCAAAGCUCUCGACAGGUAUGUGAGUUCUGCACUUCGUCUCCACCAGAAGGUGUUCACACGUCAUAGCGCCAUCAUGAAGUACCAUUCCUUGAAGAUGGAGGAGGUCAACGAUACCAUGCGAUACCUCUGGAACAAGACAUAUCAGGGAACGGGUGAGUGUAUGAGCGGAGUUGAUUGAGCAAGGUGUCAUUUAGACUUUGGCAGAUAUCGACGGUAUCAAGAUUUGUUCAGACAGUGAAACCACUACUGGAAGCAAGAGGUCAUACAACUAUCGGGUAAAAGUUCUUGCUAUUUUGAAUUGGUUGGUCCCUGAAACUGCGUGCCAGGUCGUUAUGACAAAGGAUCAGGUUGAGAUGGAUAUGCGUGGACGUUGCUCUGCGGGGCAGAAGAUGCUGGCGUCCAUCAUCAUUCGACUUGCACUCGCAGACUCUUUUGGCCUGAACUGCGGUAUUCUGGCUCUGGAUGAACCUACAAACGCGCUCGAUACCGAGAACAUUGCCGCGCUUGCCUCGAGUCUUGCCGAGUACGUCGCUCGAACUUCGUAUCGACGUGGCAUACUGACAAUCUCGGUUAAGCAUUAUCAACGAGCGCAAGCAUCAUUCAAACUUUCAGCUCAUCAUCAUCACACACGAUGAGGAAUUCCUGAGCAAACUGGGAGAGACGUGUUCUAUCGACCAAUACUGGUGUGCCUCUUCGAGUUAUUCCUCCGUUUACACUCAUGUUCCCCUUCUAGGCGCGUCUCUCGUGAUUCGAAGCAGAAGUCCGUCAUCAAAGUGGACCACUUGGUGAAGAGUUAAUCUUUAUCGCUGUCCUCGUGGACUUCUCUCAAGCUUGCAUGCUCCGUGUGUUGCGAUCUCAUAUGCUUUGUUCUUGCUCCGUGUGCUGCGACCUCAUACGCUUAAGUCUGUUCCUGCGCCGUGCUUCCCUGUAUCAGCAACAGCUUUCCGCAUACCCCAUUUGUUUUUUCCGAGAUGGUUUAGCCCGCAUUGCGAACAUCUCCGUCCUAUCUUUCCAAAGACAUGCGCAAAUUUGAGUGCAAUUAUGAAAUUGCAAACU